GUGUGUGUGUGUGUGCGUGUAGCCUAUAUAUCAUUAUUAUUAUUGCCUCAACGGCUAGUUUUUGUAGUAAACUACAUUAACCAUGAACCCUUGCUGCCGGCUCUAAAUGUUACUGGAAAAGGAAUGGAUUUAUCAACAUCUCUUCUGCUCUGCUCUUAAACUUCACAUUUAUGUUCACCUUUAGCAUACGAACACAUUAACACCGAUUACCACGUAAAUAUUGAAAUUAAGACUGUGGACUGUGAGCGAUUCUUCAUUGAGUUUUAUUCUCAGGCUGACAGAUGGCAUGAAACAGAUGGGCGGAAAAUAGGACAAGCAAAUACAACGAGACGAAGGCGUCUGUGCUUAUCGAGAGACGCAUAAGUACCGGGGAAUAAUGGUGGAUAACCGGCACGCCACAGCUCUGGUCAUCGCCGGGGUUUUAAGCGUCCUGGCGUCCGUUUAUCUGUCGGUGUCGGUCGGCUCGCCGCACUGGUACCGGUACACGAGCCCGCCGGUGCGCGCGGAGCCCAACGCCUCGGAGCUGCGCGCGCUGCAGGACGAGUUCCUGGAAGGAGAGUUUGACGAGAAGACCGUGAGCGACGCGCUGUUCCGCAUGAACGGAACGCUCGGACUGUGGUGGCGAUGCAUCCAGACGCCCAUUGACGCGCACUGGUACAGAGAGCCCGAUCCAAAGAUGGUGAUGGAGUGUGUGAGUUUUACUCUCUCGCAGCAGUUCACUCCGAAAUACAAAGAGCCCGGAAAUCACAACAGUGGAGAAGAUCUGAUACGAUCCUAUCUGUGGCGCUGUCAGCUCCUGCUUCCGCUGGUCUCUCUGGGUUUGGUGGUUCUUGGUGGUUUGCUGGGGUUCUGUGCAUGUCUGUGUGGCAGUCUGAGCCCGGUGCUCUUCAUCGGGCUUCUACAUCUGCUCGCAGGCCUAUGUUCUCUGGCGACGGUUUGCUGUUUUCUGGCGGGGAUGGACCUUCUGCACCGUGUGUCUGUGUUGCCGGAUCAUGUGGACGGCACGCUGGGCUGGUCUCUGUAUCUAGCGCUCAUCGCGUCUCCGCUGCACAUGAUGGCCGCGGCGCUGUUGGUGUGGGCGGCUCGCAGCCACAGUCAGAGCUACUACCGCAUGACUGUGUACAGAGUCGCUUGAACUAUCAGAGCCACCCAAAUAGAAAAAGUGAACAGUGACACUAAAUCUGUUGUACAUAAAUACAUAAAUUUGGUCUGUGUGUUAAAAAAGCAACAACUGCUAGUCAGAAAAACUGUCUUGUUUUGAGAAUGUCAGAUGCAUUUUUAACUUUUUUUUUUGCAUGUUUUUGGAUAGAUUUUUCUGAUGGCGAAUAAUCAACUGGGGAUGUCAUGACAGAUUUUUUUAUUUAAUAAAUAGCAUUUGGAUAAAUUUGUAAAAAAA